AUGGACGGCGACUUCGAUUCCGUCGCCGCCGUGCUCGAGAGUUCUGCGCUGGUCAGCGAGAUCGUGCGUCGGACUGACGCCAGGACGGCUGCGCUGUGCCGGGAGGUGUGCAGGGACUGGAAGGCUGCGGUCGACAGCAUGCCCGACCAGUUCUGGGAGGACGUCUUCAAGGCCGACCUCGGGGAGUGCGCCGAAGCGUCCGAACGAGCACGAUGGCGUGCGCUCUGUCCAGGGAUCGCGUGGCCGCCGGACGGGGGCUGGAAGGAGGUCCUGUCGGCCUAUAACGACUCGAAUGGGUGGCCGAUGCUGGCGUUGGAGCAGGCGACGCACGUGUUCCUACGGCGCGCGCGGCGGUGGCGGCUCCGCGCGGUGCUCCGCGGCCCCGGCGGCACGGUGCUGAAGGACGACGUCGUCGAGCCCUCGAGACCCCCCCUCCUGUACGCCCAGUCUGCCUGGGCGCACUUCUACCUCCCGGACUGGGUCGCGGCGGUGCCGUCCGACCACGACGGCGUCGCGCAGUGGUGUCGCGACCACGUCGGCGACGCGUACCGGCGCGACGCGGCGACCGCCGCCGCGGACAACGCCGACGGCGAGGGACCUUCGACGCCCGCUGUGCCGCGCGUCGAGGUGUCGGUGCACGUCGACGUGUGGAGCGCGCUGCCCGGGCCGUCCCGCGACCCCGGCGAGGACCUCCCGUGGCCCGAAGACCCCCACCUGACGUCAGUGAUCGUCAUCCGGGACUUGGACUUCCACUUUCCGCGCACCGACGACGACCUGAUCCAAAUGUCGCACCGCACGGGGCUGUACGCGUGGGACCAGGACCCCGGCGAGCCCCCGCCGUCGUUCGCGCCGCCUGACUCAGGCAACGGAGACUCCCCCUCCCACCACAUCGUGGCGUACAUGCACCACGAGGCGCUGCUCCCCGCGGCCGCCCGCACGGCGCGGCGCAUCGACUGCGCGCGCCCCGGCGCGGCGCGGCACCUCGCGUGGCUCCCGCGCGAGGCCGCGGCGCCCACGAUGCCGCUCGCGCCAACCCCGAAGCUCCUGGGGGACUUCACGUUCUACUGCGUGGUUGACGUCAACCGCAUCGACGGCUCGCACCUCGCGCGCAUCGAGGCCUCGCUGCACACGUCGUCCCUCAGCCGCGCGGCCUUCUCGCGCGAGUCGGCGCACCUGCAGAUGCACGGCUUCGCGUUCAACGCUGCGCCGGUGCUGGCGACGGUGGCCGCGGCGGGCCGGCUGUCCGCGGUGCGGUCCGGCGCGCCGAUCGUGCUGAUGGAGCCGCCGGAGGGCGGCACGGGGGCUGCGGGGGCGGACGUGCCGCUGCGGGGCUGGCGAGGGACGUGCCAGCCGCGGGAGGUGGCGCGGAGGGUGCAGGAGCUGCUGGAGGACGAGAGCAUGGUGGAUAUCUCGCUGUACGACGCGAUGGGCGGCCUGCUGCUCGGGCGGUCCGGCGUGGAGGUGUGGCAGAUGCAGGGGGGGGAGUCGGAUCGGUUUGUCAUGUAUUUCUUGGCGGCUUCGACGGACGAGUGGAGCGAGCGGUGCGCGCUGCAGCUCUCCGUCGCGCAGCCCCCGCCGACGGACCCGCACGCGUCCGGGCUCGCCAACGACUUCGUUCAACUGAUUCUGCAAAUGCCGUUCAGGGCGUGGCAGGCGGCGCACAAGGAACGCACCGAGGUCAUCAAGGGCAUCGACGCCGACCCCGACUAG